AACUACUUCCUCUUGCGGCUCUAUGACCCCCCAACAGAAGCAAAUGCACGAAUAACAGCCAUUUCCUUCGAGAUUGGGCGGAUUAUGAAGCAUUUUGCUAGCUUUGGGUGAUAACUGGCACAGGAAGGGGUAAAGUGUCAGUUUGCGAACUGUAUUUCUUAAAUGUGUAACUAUUUGAGUCUUUUGUUAUCUUUCAUGCAGCGUUAGCCGCGGAAGACUAGCAUUAGCCGUGUUCGAAGGGUUUACAAAAUGUCGAGACCAAGGUCCAGAUCACCUCGUCAUAGGAGAUUUCCAUGGGAAGAACUGGAUUUUGAUCCUUGUAAAGUUAUUGGAGAUCUGGAUGGUCGUCCACGGGACAGAAGCCGUCGCUUAAGAGAAGGUCCUGAAGAACUCGGGGACUUCUUGGUGGAGAAAAUGUUCCUAGAAGACCAGAGAAGAUCUCCUUUCUCUGACGAGUCUCGUUUUAGAAGUCAGCGACACUCAGGCCAGGAGUUGUUCCGCCGAGGCUCUUCGCUCCAUCGUGACCAAAUGCAUUUAGAAAACCGAAGGGAUGGUGACGGUUCUGGAAACGACAGACGCAGAGAAGACUUUCAAAGGUUUGGAAACAGGGGGGCGUUUCGCCAGUCACCUCAGCCGCUGUUGAGGCUGGGACCGUUGGACCCCCCAAAGGGGGCCGGGAUGGGCUGGAGGCCGGAGCAGCGGGGUAGGGGUCGGGGGAGGUUCAGAGACUCCAGUGUGAGGUCAGGUGACCACAGAACAGGAGACGUGGAAAGAGAGAGGAGAGAAGGUUCCUUUAGGGGUAGACAAAGAGAGAAGCCACACCACGAACAAGACCCCCCUUUUAAAAGACCGAGAAGAGAAAUGGAUGACGUCGGUCGUUUUGGGUACGGGAAUGAGGAGGACUUUGGGGAUCGGGGGUUCUCUGCGAACAGACCGAGAGGUGGGUUUGGAGGACGUUCCCGGGGGAACUUUCCUCGUAGAGACUCUGGGAACUCUGGCUUUGGUACUGAACGCGAUCGAGGCCUUGACCAUCGUCAGGAUUUUAGACGUCAUGAGUCCGACUUCGAACCACGGAGGAGUCCACGUUCAGUAGGAUCUUCACAGGAACGUUUCAGGACAUCAGCGGGAAGGUUGGAUGGCCGGGAAAUCUCACCAGAGCGCCAUUUUAGGAAUGACUCAAUUGAAGCAAACCGUCAUGAAACGAGGAGGAGCCCAAACCCCCAGAAAUACGAUGGUCAGGGGGGUCAGAUGAACAACAGGGGGAGGGGGAGGUACAGCCAAGGUCGAGGAGGAAGGAUGGAGCCUCCUAGGAAUCAACCCAGAUUCCAAGAUCUUCCCGAUGGUGAGCAGCGUGAAGGUUAUCGAGCCUUCAGGGGAGGCUUUGAGGAUCCAGUUGAGAAGAAGCCCAACUGGGAAAAUGAAGACAGACGUCAGCGGUGGGAAGAUGACAGGCCCGGAAGUUUGCAGCAAAGCUCAGCAAGAGUUGAUUUGGAUCAUAAAAUUCCCCAUCAGAGGGAACGUGAUUGGAGCAGUCAGAAAUCCAACGAUGUGACCAUCAUCACAGAAGAAACCCUCACCGUCAAAGUGGACAUGAGUCGACCUGCAAACCACAGAAGCCCGCUCUGCUACUCCUCCGACCGACAGCUCUCCUUCGACCUGGUCAACGUUGGACGCCAGCGUCUGGACUUCCUGCCCAUGCUGGAGCAUUCUGGGACGUACCGCGAGAACGCCUCACACACCGGGACGUUCGCCCAGGAAAUCAUCACUCUGGUGCACUUUGUCAAAGAACAAUACUUUAAAGGGGCCGGGCCCACGCUGGACAAGCGCUUCUCGGCUCCACAGAAGGGCGGAUACUCCGAAGACGAGGUGGAGGAGCUGACGCUGAACCAGAGGUUCAGCUCUAACCGAGGCUUCCGUCUAAACGCAGACUCGCUCUUUGAUGAUGACGACGAUGAAGAUGAUGAUGAUGAGACUCUUUUCUCAAGGCUGAGAUCCAUGCAGAGUGUGACUAAGCUGCCGUUACGAGGCCCGGGUGACCUGAGACACGACCUGGAGAGGCGGCGCCAGGAGAAGCUGGAGGCGGUUAAAGUCACAAUCCCAGGAAGCAGCUCGUCUCAGCAGCGUUCCCGUGGAAACGUCAGCGAGCCAGACGAGACGGAUCAGGAAGGGUUCUCCCACCGGUCCCAGAAUCCGCACAGACGGGAAGGAACCCUGGGACCCAGAAGAGGAGCUUCAGUCAGACCCAACAUGGGCCCUCAGCGGUGGAACCAUCGGUUUGGACCCGGGAGGCAGAACCAUCCUGCAGGUCUGAACUGAUGACCCGACCGGCUCCAGGUUUUCCAUCGGAACUCUGAUCCGGUCUAAAGCAGCAGGUCCUCGUUGAUUCUACAGCUUUUCCUUUUUCCUCGUAGAUCUUUGGUUGUUUGUAGCUUCAGUCCGAUACCAGAUGCUGGUUUGUGUCUUUAAUCUGUUGCUUUAUGAAGAUGUUUGUAGUUUAAAUGUCCUGAAAAUGUUUUUAUUAAAAUUAAUGUUCUAAAACGUU